UCUUGCGAUGCUGAACAGAAGCUUUCACUCAUCAACAUUGCCGCCGAUUUCGUGUCUGCCUUUUAGCUCUUCCAUGUCCUUCACGCCCCUGGCAGCGGCGGUUUCAUGGACCACCCUAGGCGUCAGAGAGCUCGCAACGAAUUUGCGGGGGCAAUGGCAGAGAAUGGUGGCGAAAUGGACGCCGCAGGUGAGGCCGAGGAAGAUCUGUUCGACAGGUCGGGAGGUGAUGCGGGCGAUGCGGCCAGCGGUGACGACCGACCAACGAGGGAAAGGAGGAGAGGCAAGAAGGGCAAGAAGAAGGGCAGAGAUGAGCCAGACCAGGAGCAGGAUGAAGACAACGAAGAUCUCUUUGCCGAUGGUGGACCUGGGCCGUCGAGUAGCGCGGAUGAAGUGCCAUGGGAGCACGACAAGCAGCCGCCGCUCGGUGCUCCAGUGAGGGUCCAAUACUGCCCAGGUGAGCCAUUCAAUUGCACUGGCCUCGAUGCAUGACGAAACCGUCACGCUGUGCUGUGAUCAGAUUGUGGGAUGCCGCCCGACUUCUGCGACUGGGGCGGCAUGUGGGACAAGUGCAAGAUCCGUGCUGCUGAGCAGUACCCGCAGUAUUACCCUGAGCUGGCCGAGAAGAUGGCUAGCCUCACCCUCGAGGAGAAGGAACAAGUGGAGGCCGCUGCGGCCGCGAGCGUCGCCAGUGAGUCAUGCAUAAUGGAUGACAAGAGCCUGCCCGGCAUUGUGUGUGUAUGUGUGUGUGAUUAGACACUGAGUUAAAGCUGUUGGCCAAGAAGAACAAGGGCAAGGAGGUUGAGCAGAAGGUGACCGUCCAGCGGCAAAACAGGAAGGGCAGGAAAUUCAUCACCACCGUCAAGGGGCUCGAAACGUUCGGUCGGUAUGCGCACCAUGACACCAUCCAUGCCACACAGAUGCGUGCGUUGGUACCGUCCCGGCGUCAUGGGUUUGUAUGUGUGAAGGUGUGAAGCUCGAUAAGGCGUCUAAGGUGUUUUCCAAGGCCUUCAGCUGCGGUGCGGCUGUCGUCAAGGGCGCCCCAGGACAGCCGGACGAGAUCGACAUUCAGGUUGGCAGUGGAUGGGUGGGGUCGGUAGAUAGGCACGUGCCGUACGUGUGUGGAUGGCCAUCGAUGCGAUGCGUGUCUACAUAGGGUGAUGUGGAGGACGGGCUGGAGGAGGUCAUACUCAGGACUUUCCCUGAGGUGAGUGAAGGAGUGAGUGAGUCAGCACGCAAUGCAGCGGCAAGAAGGCUGUCACUGUGUGGGUUUCUGCAUCAGGUUGAUGACGACAAGAUAUAUUACUUGAAGCCCAAGUAAGACCGAGAUACUGAUGUAUCUCGGUCUUAUUUGGGCUUCCUGUUCGGGGUCGGGUCGGGGUCUCUACGUACGUAUCACCCCUAUCCAGUGCGUCGCGUGUGUUGUGCAUGCGAUGCAAUUGACAAGGGACAACAAUGACAGACACUUGCCUUACCGCAGCACUCGUCAUAUCUCGUCAAUGCACGCUACAUCCGAUC